AUGGAUGUGGAUAUGCCAGCAGUGCCAACGCCAACGGUGAGGUCAGCUAUAACCGUGCCACGCCCUGGGGCAACUCCAGCACCACGAACCCCAGCGGCAACCGCCACUGCACCCGCUCCUCGUAGUAGCACGAGACCACCACCACCGUCCUCAACACCCGUAGCAGAACCUCAGCGCAGCCGAUGUCCCCUAUGUCGGCGCCCACACCGGCUACAACAUUGUAGCAUUUUUCGCAGCAUGCAGCCCAUGCAACGGCAAAAGGUCGCUCAAGCUCACGGGCACUGCCUGAACUGCUUGGCAACGGUACACACCACACAGGAGUGCACAUCAGUGACCCUAUGCCAACUGUGCAAUAGGCCACACCACACCAUGCUGCACCGGACCCCAAAACGGCCUGUAGCGCGACAGCUUGCCGCGAACCGGUCACAGCAGCCCAGUCGGCACCGAUGGCUAGUCGCUCCUCCAUCGUCCAGAGCAAGGCGAAAUGAAGCAUCCCCGCGGCGCCGGCAAUAUCGUACAUCAAACCGUCGCUCCACUGGUCUUAGUAGCGUUGUUGCCACGCUGCAGCAAUUACAGCGACUGCUAGGCUAA